AUGAUACUGGAAAAAGGCGACGAUUCACGUGCGAUUGUCUUUGUAAAGGCUAGAGCAACAUGCCGAGCGCUAGCUAAAUAUUUGGAUGAAGAUCUUCAGAAGAUCGGAGUUAAGGCUAGUCGAUUGUAUGGACAACAAACAAAGGGGGCGGAUGAAGGUAUGACCGAAGCUGUCCAGACCGAGACCCUUCAGAAAUUCAGAGACGGUUUUUACAAGGUGAUGGUUUGUACGUCUGUUGGUACAGAAGGUAUUGACGUACCGGACUGCAACAUCGUUAUCAGCUACAACUACUCCGGAGACGAAAUCACAAAGAUUCAGAUGAAAGGUCGAAGCAGAAAGAAAGGCGCAACGAUUGUCGUAAUGGGAGAUGAAAAACAAUUGGAACAGGAAAUGAUCAACGCGUAUAAAGCAAACAUGAUGUACAAAGCAAUAAGUGAGUUGAAAAAUAUUAAUGCACGGGCUGUUGAACAUAAAUUGAAGAUGUUUCAAACCGAUGAGAUGCAAAAGCUCAGAUACAAAACGGAGUAUGAAAAGGCAAAGAAAAGUCGAAGAUCGGAAGAUGACCUCGAAAUUCUGUGUAGGCGAUGCAACUCCAUGGCAUGCUUGGUGUCAGAUGUGCGAAAACUUGGAAGCCAGCAUUUUGUGAUAGCAAAAGACUUUCCAUCAAAGAUUACGACAAAACCACACAAAAGCCCAAAGAAAUACGAUGGCAUAGAAAAGAAAGGGAAGAUGUAUUGUAAAAAGUGUCCAUUGGACUGGGGCAUAGUAGCUGAUCGCGAUGGUGUCGACUUGUUUAUUCUGAAACUGCAAUGCUUCAAGCUUAGGAACAUGAGAACGGGUAUCGUUUCGCAACAUAAGAAAUGGCUAGAUGUCCCAUAUGAUGUACCAGAGUUGGGACUGGAAGAUAUCCCGAAAUUCUUCAGGAAUGAGACGGAAGAAAAUGCAUCUCCCGAGUAAACCGUUCCUUUAUUAAAUGUCCAGUGUGUAACUGUGUUGUGGACGGACGAAUGAAUUGUUAUCAAUGUUAUAAAUAUUCUAAAAUAAAAACAAAACAUGAAACUGUGUUUGAUGUAAAAAAAAGAAAAUGUGGAUAUGUAAACUAUGUUUUACACAUGUGCAUUUUCCUAUGAUCGAAGUUUAAAAAGUUGUUUGAGUUACGAUGUUCGUAGCGUAUUUUUAAAUUAUGUAUGUGCGAUGUUUUAAAAUAUAAUUCAUUAAAGGGAUCACGUAGCUUAUAAAACCUCGAGUUUAGUAAAAACUAUCGAAGGAAACACUUUCAUAUCGAAUUUAUAAACGAGCAAAAUACUAAAUAAAAAACAGUCAAGUUUCGAUUUGUAUUAUUGUUUUCUUAAAUCUAAAGCAAGUGGCAUCAUAUACCAUAGUUUCAAUCAGAGGAAAUGAACAUUAUUUGUGCAGUUUAAGCAGCAUGGUAUAAGUUAACAAGCAAUGUUUGUUCGUAAAUUUGUCCAUACAGAUAGAUACAUAGUUUUUUAAGUUAUCUUAUGAAUAUGUUUAUUACAACUAGUGUACAUUUAUUUAACUUAAUAGCAUACUGUGAUAAAUUAUUUCGUAUUGUGUAGUUAAUGUACGUCUAUAACAUUUGAAGUGUGUAUUCUGUUAUGUGUUUCAAAUUUGAAGAAUCUUUUAAAAGUAUAUUAAUGUGCAUGAAUAUGUUUUGCUAUAUUCGAAGUAUAACUAGUUGUUUGAGUUACAGUAUUUCGUAGCGUAUAUUUUAAUUAUGUAUGUUCGACAUUUUCAAAUAUAAGUAAUUUAAGGGAAACUAACGCUCAUAAUACUUACUUUAGUAUUUUAGUAGUAAAAACUUUCGAAGUUAACAAAAACAAUAUAGAAUUAAUCAACAAAUACGAAAUAAAAUACAUUCACGUUUUGAUUUUUAUUAUCGUUUUAUUAAAUCUAAAGCAAGUGUCAACAUAUAUAUAUACCCCAUUUUCCAUCUGAAGAAUGGAACAUUAUUUGUGCAGUUUAAACAGAGUAGUAUCCGUUUAAAAGCCUAGUUUGUUCGUAAAUUAUCUAUGCAGUUAUAUAUAAAUAACAUUUAUCAUAUGAACAUAUAUUUUGUGUUGUAGAUUUAAUGUACGUUUAUAUACUUCUUAGUGUGUAUACUGUUAAAUGUUUGCGAUGUGAAGGUUCUUUGAAAAGUUUAUUAAUGUGCAUGAACAUGUUGCGAAUCCCAGCACACAACUGUUUCUCGUUAAAGUAAACGAACUAGUGUAUUGCUAUUAUUAAAGACACUUAAUUUAUUUCGUGAUAAUAAUAACGAGUAUGUAAUUUGUUCGUACAUUAUAUACACUCUGAUGAUGUUUCAAAAGUAAAUUCACAAAAAGUAUAUAAUCACUACGUACUUUAUCUUUCGAGCAUUAAAUCGCAUCUCGCUAAAGCCUGUGAAAUAUUCGGCCAACAUUAACGUUCACUGGACCAUAUUCAUUGAUAUUUAAGGGCUUGGUUUUAAUCGAAGCUGAUUAAUCUGUUGAAUGAAUUUUAAUAACUAUAAAAUAUUUGCUAUGUUCUUAUUGUUAUAUAGUGUUGUGAUUGCUUAGAUGCAUGUAUAACUUAAACAUACCAGCGAGUUCGUUACGGUGUUUAUAAUAAAUGGUCGUUUUUUAUAAA